AUGACGGCCGUGGAUAACAGCCAGGCGCCCGCUAUCCUAGCCACAGGCUCCGUAUUCACGGCGUUGAGUGUACUGGCCGUUAUCCUCCGUUUCGUGGCGCGACGUAUCAAAAGGGCACAACUUGGGUGGGACGACUGGACUAUAUUGGCUGCACUUGUUAUGUUUAUACUAUGCGAAGGACUGGAAAUGACAGGAGCCAAAGCGCUGCUACAGGUCAAAAAUGGGACUGAAGAUCCGAAUUAUCGGACAUAUGCUAAAUAUAUUUACAUCUACGGAGUAUUCUACUACCCAGCAAUCGCCCUCACCAACAUAUCCAUUCUCCUCCUCUACCGGCGGAUAUUUGACACCGGCUGGUUCAAACGUGUCGCCUCAUUGUGUCUUUUACUCAUCAUACUACAAAUCAUCUGGGCGAUACCCGGCGCCCUCGUGGAGAUCUGGGUUUGCAACCCGCCAUCAUCAUACUGGGAAUCUUUAACGCCACAAUGUAUCAAGUUCGGCACUUAUUGGAUUGUGUUGAUGAUUACGGAAUUGGUGUUUGAAGCCUGUAUGCUUCUGUUACCGAUCAGUGAGGUGUUGAAGUUGCAGCUUUCGUUGAGACGGAGGUUGAGUGUUUGUGGGAUCUUUAUGCUUGGGAGCUGUGUAAUCAUCACCGGCAUCAUCCGCGUCGUCAUCUGUUACCGCGGCCCCGGUGCACUUCAACUCGACAAAGACGCCCUAUGGCUCAACAUCCACACCGGUAUUGCCAUCAUCUCGGCUUGCCUACCAACUUACAAACCUCUCGUAUCCUCAGCGAAAAGCAAGAUAUCUGCCUCUGGUACCGAUAAUUCCGCUAGUGGUGCCGGAAGUGUCGCAGACCCUCGCGGCCAGAAACGUGGGAGCAGGUAUAAAGAUUCUGGAUUUGUCGAUGCGGACCCAAAUAAUGGGAAUAAUGUCAAUGGUCGAAAGGCUAGUGCAAAGGGGUGGAUGAGCAUGGAUUCAGUUGAUACUCUGAGAGAAGAAGGCGCAAGAGAUGAAGAAGAGGACAUUAGGCUUGCUGAGCUAAGAGAUGGCUUGCAGGCACAAAAGUGA